CAAUUGCUCUGGUUAAAUAAAACGAGGGAUUCGAGUUGUUUAUUGUUACGAUUUGCUGGAACGAUGUAUCUGAAAAUAUUUUUCCUGGCGUUGUUGUACACCCAUUCGUUGGUGGCGCAAGAAGUUUACGUGAAUGCACCUGUCGGUCAGUUUAAAGGUUCCACGAAGUACACCUACAAGACGAGUAAAUAUUACGGAUUUUAUUCUAUCCGUUAUGGACAAGCGCCAGUAGGAGCCUUGAGGUUUCAGGCUCCAGUGGCCGUCGAUUCCUUCAGCGGUACUUAUGACGCGACCACAGCGAACGGAGUCAUCUGUUAUCAGGUGACGUCGGAUUCUAAUUCCGAAAACGAAGACUGCCUGUUUUUGAACGUGUAUUCGCCGAAUCCAUGGACCACGGCACCGAUGCCCGUCAUGUUCUACAUCUACGGCGGUGGGUUCAACUCAGGAUCGGCCGGCGGUUACGACCCCGGAUUUUUCAUGGACUCUCAAAACGUCAUCGUGGUUACUCUUAACUACAGGGUCGGCCCCUUUGGUUUCUUGUCAACCGGUGAUGGUGUCAUCCCCGGCAACGCAGGCCUCAAAGAUCAACUUUUGGCACUCAAAUGGGUCCAGAGCAACAUUGCGGCAUUUGGGGGCGAUCCAAACCAAGUUACCAUAUUCGGACAGAGCGCAGGAGCAGCGUCGGUAGCUUACCAUCUCGUUAGUCCACAGUCUGCAGGGUUAUUCAAAGCGGCGAUCUGCGGCAGCGGCACAGCACUGAACCCAUGGGCUUACAAUAAAGAUCAAGUGGAGAUGACGUACGGCACUGCCGCCGUGCUGAACUCGCAGUUCCAGAACUCCAGGGAUUCGUCCCAGUUAUUUAGUUACUUACAAAACAUCGACGCUAGACAACUCGAUGCCGCAUCGCAGACCUAUUCUAAUUCUAUAUCGACGGUGGCGAAUCAACAAGUGCAGCAGGCCUUUUUCUACGCUCCCGUAAUUGAAACUCACAAUAACAACCCGUUCGUAACUCAAUUGCCGUACGAAGCAAUUGCCAAUGGAAGCUUCAACAAAGUUCCAUUGCUGAUCGGCACGGUAGCAGAAGAGGGAUUACUCUUGCUGAAUGAAUACACCACUUGGAUCCUUUCACAAUACGACAGCGACCCAUCGUUGCUAGUUCCGAAGGGCAUGCACGUAGCCGAUCAGAACACUUUAACUACUGUGGGGAAACUUAUUAAGCAAGAGUAUUCGCCGAACGGAGAUUUCCAAUACAACACGCUAGCUGGAAUCCAAUUUCAAACAGAACAGGAUUUCCAGAAAUCUCUGAUCAAGCACGCCUAUCUUCAGUCGGCGUUUACGAAUGUAUAUUUUUACCUGUUUUCCUAUAGCGGACAAAUGGGAGAGAACACCGUUAAGUUGGCAGGCUCCGGCGACGUGACACACAGCGAAGACUUGCACUAUAUUUGGGAAUGGUCAAAUCCGACAAGCUAUCCGCAAACCGACCAGACAGUCCACGAACGUUUGGUGAAAAUUUACACCAAUUUCGCAUUAUAUCAGAAUCCCACUCCAAGCCAGGAUUCUUUGCUCUAUGUCACGUGGCCGACGGUACAGCCAAACAAUUUCGAGUACGUCGAGAUCGGCGCUGAGUUAUCCGUUAAGAAUGAUUUUAAAAAGGAGAGGUACGACUUCUGGAACAACUUGUACCAAACGUACGGCGUGGGACCAUUUGAAGUUUUUUAAUUUGUAAAAAUACGCGAAUAGAUGCUUUUUACUACCGUUAA